GUGAGCCGAAUGACUCUCGGCGGGCUAGAUCGUAACCCGGCGUAUCUCGGUCGACCCAGUAACCCACAGCAUCACACUAUGUCCUACAAUCCCUUCUUACUUCACAGGUCCAUGGACUACGGGAUGGGGUCGCUGAUGCCCCCGCCCCAGUACCUGCCGGCGUUCGGGGGUCUGCCGUCACCCAUCGGUUUCCCGACUUCCAUGGGACUUCUGCCUAAGUUUACGGUGGGUCCCGGUCGCUCCCCGCCUUUCAUGGGGGACAUGUUAGCGGCAUACCACCAUCAGCUUCAACAGAUCGGGGCCGGCAUGGACAAUAACGAUGCCGAUGUGAGAGACGAUCCCAAGGUGGAACUGGAAGGGAAAGAUUUAUGGGGGAAUUUCCACGAGCGUGGAACCGAGAUGGUGAUCACAAAAUCCGGCAGGCGUCUUUUCCCUGCGUUCAAAUUGCGAAUCUCUGGACUUGAUAAGAAAGCUAAGUACAUACUUCUGGUGGACGUUAUACCAGUUGACAGUUACCGGUACAAGUACCACAAUGGGCGCUGGCAGGUCGCGGGCAAGGCUGACCCGGAAAUGCCCCGGAGGGUCUUCAUCCACCCGGAUUCCCCGUGCACAGGCGAACAGUGGAUGGAAAAGGUCGUCUCCUUCCACAAACUCAAGCUUACAAAUAACAUAUCCGACAAGAAUGGCUAUGUAAGUAAUGGAUAUUUUAUCCUGAACUCCAUGCACAAGUAUCAGCCUCGCUUUCAUUUGGUGAGAGCCAAUGAUAUUCUUCGCUUGCCAUACAGUACUUUCCGCACUUAUGUGUUUAAAGAGACUGAAUUUAUAGCGGUGACAGCGUACCAAAACGAAAAGAUAACACAGCUGAAGAUUGACCACAACCCGUUUGCCAAAGGAUUCCGAGAAAAUGGGAACGGCAAGCGAGAGAAAAAACGUCUAGUCUCUACUGCUGAUGGUGAAAUCGUCGUCCAUGAUGAUGACGUCAGAGACAGUAACCAUAGUGAUGAUGACGACAUGGAGGAGAUUGACAUGGAAGAUGUUGAUGACAAACCUCUGCCAAUCAUCACACCAGAACCCACCGACAAGAGUGAAUCCCAAAAUGUCAGCAGCCCACCUGAAGCUGUGUCAGUCAAAGAGGAUCCGAAAGAGGCUUCGUCCCAAGCCUCACCCAGUCAACGAGAAGCCAAGUCCCCAAGUAUCGCGGAAUCCAGAAGUUCCACGCCAAAAGACGCAUGCAGGUCUCCACCCUCAAGGAAUCGCUCACCUCACCAACCCUUGGUUCGUCUGCCGAUGAUGGACCCCCACGCCAGGGGAUCACUUCCGGUGUCCCCAAUACCUCACGUGCCAAGGCCUGCAAUCCCAUCUCCAGAACCACAAGUGACCCCCGCGAGGACCCGGGAACCGCACUCUCCGGCAGCCGCCGUGAAGCCUUCCCCAGAGUUAAAGACCCCGCCAAAGUCACUGGAUGAACCUCGGCAUCGUCACGAUCGGUCACCAGACCUUAAGACCGAGAAGUCUCCGUUGUCAUCGAAGUUCGUCAGCCCGCCAAAUGUGACAGUGAUCCAGCCUACAGCCACGCACGCCUCCCCCGGCAGUUUGUCCUGCUACUGCCCCAGUGUCAGUGCAGGGACUAUGUUCAGUUCGGGCAUGUGUGGGCUCCCCUCGUCCUGCUUGCCACACCCUAUUCCGGGACUUCCCGCACCCUCCAGCGUGCCCAGUUUGUCCUCUACCUCCGGACAGUCCCCUCUCAACUCACACGCCAUGCUGGCCUAUUUUCAGUUUCAGGCGGCGGGGCAGCACUUGGGGUUGCACCCUAGUUAUCCUAGCAGCACAGCUCUCCCCGGAGGCUGCAGCAAACCGUGUACCUCUCCGAACUGCAACUGUCACUAUGGACCCGUGUUUCCUUCAAGGCCCGGCAACACCUCGCGAUUCUCACCUUACGUUGUGCCCAGCUCCUCACAUCUCUCUCCAAAAUCAAAAGACAGUCUUCCCAGCUCAAGACAUUCUCCCCAUUCCCCCGAUGGCUUCGGACUAAGGAAAGACCCCAUGUGCAAAUGUUGUGACAAGUGAUAGUAACCAGUGAGGACAUGUAAUGGCCUGUCUGAUGAAUGAAGCAACCUCAAAAGUUUUCACAAAGUUAAAACCAUCACCAUCAUCAUCAUUAUCAUCAUCCUAGUGGGCUUGCGCAUGCGCCACAUGGAAGAAUGGUCCCAGGCGUGCUGGGACGAUCACCGCAAUAUCGGGUUCAAGCUUCAGCCUGUGUGUACAUGUCUAUUCAUUCCACGUCGUCGUUGUUGUUGUUACUGUUGUGCAUAAUACGCCGUGAGGCGACCGUCUAGUCAGUGUGGCUACACUUAUUAUUUGACUGAGGAGCAGGGAGACAGGCUUCUAAGGGGAAAGUGGAAUUCAGCAUAGAAUGGAGAGGAGCGGGUGGGCAACUGCAGAAGAUGGAAAUGUGCUAUCCAUACAACUGACCCGUCCAUUAUGAUCAGUGAGCUAGGCGUUUUGUCGUUACUGGCAGAUGACUGUGCUAUUUGUCAUAUCCUGGUCGAAAGUUGACAGUACACUGACAUGCUUCGAAUUGUAAUGAAUCAUAGCAACUGAUGGGAAUUUAUGGAAGAAGUUAAGUGACCCGACCCUCCACUUCCGGUCACCAUAUCGAGUCACUGUUCGUCGUGCAUAGCCGCAGAUUCGGACUCUGACAUCGGAUAUAUCAUUUAUUACCUCAGAUUUCGCCAGGCGUGGGCUGCCUGCAAACCCAACAAUCGUCAUGCAAAAUAUCCUAUUACUCUGUGGAAAACUGAUGACACCGUUACUUUUGUAGAAAUAAAUUUACAUUUGUGUAUCCAUUUUAUGGUGAAAAAUCAAACAUCUCUGUGUAGAAUAGAUUAGUCAUAAAUGUCAUUAGUACAUCAAGAUUGUCAAGAUUAAUUUACAGUGAUUGCAGCCAGCACAACCGAGUAAUGUGCAGUUGUGUUGCGUCGUCCUAUGUUUUUGCUGACAAUAUUUUAUGACGCGUGUACUUGUCCACUUGUGCGUAUUGUCCACUUAACCCAAGGCUGUCCUGAACUCCAUGCUGAAUGUCUGCACUUUUAGUGCUGAAUAACUUAACUUAAAUUGUGAUAUGUAUGAA